UCCGGUACGCGAACAAGUUCAGACUCCAUCGUCGCAAUUCCGUCAUUUAAAGUUUGCGCAACGAACAUUUGUCCCUAUCAUGCUCGGCAAACCGACGACGAAAUAAGGAUUCGCGUUUACAAAAGGAAGAAGCAUGAUAUGUGGAGCACAGGUUGUUUUCUUUGGCCUGUUUUAUUACGCGCAGCGGAAACGGGGACUCGUGAAGAAUCAUGGAGCAGUACGUGGCUACAUGGUGUCCCGUGUGUGACAAACGAGUAAGCGAUAGAGGAAGGGACACGUACGGGCUGCUCAACCACAUUCGUGAAUUUCAUCCGAAACGUUCCAACCAAUACUUAAUUCAGGAGAAAGAGUCGAGAGCAGCGUCAAAACAGCUAACUUCAAAGGGAUCCGUAAGGACAGGCAACAGCAGGAAAAGCGAGCCGAGAAAAGUGUACGCGACCCGCGGUACGGUUCUUCACGACAAUAAUUCUUUGUAUCGCGUUGAAAAAUGUUAUGUCAUUUAUUGUUUUGCGACAGUGGACACGUGGAAGUCGCACAGCGAGAAAAAGCUUUGUCCAAGAUGUAAAAAGGAAGCGGUGCCCACGCUACACGCUCGGGGAGACAAAUUAACAACAUCCCAUAUCGGAGCUCUCUGUCUUCUAGGGUGUUGGCCUCUCUGUUUCGUGCCGCUGAUGAUGAAACGCGCGAAGAAGGUUCGAAUGAUCUGCCCUUUAUGUGGAUAUUCAUACGGCAGUUAUCAAUAUAAAAAUACUGGAUUAGCUCCGUGCAAUACUGCAUCAGAAGAUUCGCAAGCUCAACUUUCAUCUCCUCCGAAAAGCUUUCGACCGAAACAUAGUCGAGGAUAGAAAAAUUUAGUUUUAU